AUGGAUGCGGCUAGCCAGAUGAAACCGGAAGCAUGGACAGUUUCUUCCAAUGAGGCAUUGAAACUUUCCUUAGUUGACGAGACGGGAGCUGUGCAAUUUUCGCCUAUUUUCACUUACCCAAUCUUUGGUGAUUCAGAACAGGUGUUUGGAUACCAAGACCUCCAGAUUUUUCUGGCGUUUGAUUCCGUCACAUUCAAACCAUUUUCCAACGUUAAGUAUGGUGCAAAGCUUGUAGACACCGUCGACGAUGUACAGGACAAGGUACUGAGCUUUUUGCCGAAGGGCGACGUGAUUGUAAAAAACGAAGAAGAAUGGGUUGAUGCAUUUACCAAGGAGCGCCAGUCCUUCGCAUUGCCAAAAGACAGUUCAAGAAUUGGGAGCUACGAGACGGCAGAAGAUGAGUUUGCAAUGUUUAAAGUUAACUUUCAAGAUCCUGAGAUCAGAGCUCUUCAUGGCAGGAUGCAGAUUUUUACCUUACUUUUCAUCGAAUCUGCAUCAUACAUCGAUGACGAUGAUGAUGGAUGGGAGCUAUUUCUGACCUUCAAUUUGAGAACAAAACAAUGUAUCGGCUAUUGUACGACAUACCAGUAUUGGAAGUAUAGUGGAAAUGUGAAAUUGGAUCAAGAUGUUGAAACGUACAAAACUGCGAAGAUUUCUCAGUUCCUGAUCUUCCCACCAUACCAAGGAAAGGGCCACGGGUCUAUUCUUUACAAUGCCAUAAUGAAGAAUUGGAUUGAUGACCCAAAAGUUCUCGAGAUAACCGUCGAAGAUCCUAACGAAAGUUUCGACGCGUUAAGAGACCGCUGCGAUUAUCGAAGACUACGAGACAGUGGAUUCAACCUUUGUAUCCCUGAUGAACUUCCUAUAAAUGAGAACUGGAUUGAAUUCCAGAGAACAUCUUUGAAGUUGGAGAAGAGACAGUUUAUGCGUUUAGUCGAGAUGUUUUUAAUGAGCAACUCAUCAUCCAAGUUUCGAUUACAAGUGAAAAAACGUCUUUACGAAAAAAAUUAUGAGCUUCUGAGGGAUCUCGAUGCUCCAACAAGGAAUGACAAGCUUCAGACUGCCUUUCUCUCUAUUUCGAAAGAGUAUGAAGCCGUCAUCUCGACUGUAUUAAAUAAUAAGAGGACUGUCCCCGAAGAAAUGGAGCCCAUAAAUAAAAAGACAAAAAUAUAA